AUCGGCAAUGAAUUCCAGCUACAAAUAAUAGCCAGGAUCACGCCUGAGCUUUCAAGAGAGGACCAAUCAGACGCCUGUCAAAGUGAUAUCAUAGGGGAGCUUUAGCCACAAUUCCAGCUGCCCCCUGACGUCGACCCCAGAUCAAUUCGUCAGAGGUCGCGCGACGUUCCAAUCGCCUUAUCUUCUUAAGACUCCGACCUACACGCGACAUUACGAGACUUUGACGUCUAGAGGUUAGGGAUGUUUUGAAGCAUUCCCCACGAUAACAUACUUCACCUUCUUCCUCUCUUUUACAUGCUCCCUACAUGGGUAAGCGCUUUCAUUGAACCACCCAUCCGCUCAUAGCAACCAACGCCGUUUCACCCGCGUCUCACUUGACGCCCAAAUGGGCCACCAGAAGACCGCUGCGGCCGUCGCGUCCGCUGGCAUACGGAUUGCAUCCUACUUCUUUUUGCAAUGGGCUAAUUUACCUCCAUUGAUAUACAUCGCAUACACUCUCUUCGCCAUCUAUGUGCCAGCCUUCAUCUCAACUUACAUUAACGAGCCGAAACUUGCGCUGGUGAACGUAGUGGACGUGACGGUCAAAGACAAGCUGCUGAAUGAAGAUGAAGCCACUAACGGGGACACGGAUGAGGUCAUCGUCGAGAAAAACAUUCAAGUUGAGGAGGAGAUCGCCAUCGUUGAGAGGUCGACCGCUCCAUUCAGAACCCUCCUGAGCGGGCUGCCAAGUCCCAAUAGCUUGUUCUUCACCACGCUCACGUUCUUGAUCAAUGCUGCCUGCAUCGCCAUGAUCACCGAUGUCGUCUAUACACCGCGCUGGAAGUACCCUAGCCAUGACCUAUCCUUUGCACGGAUAGGCUAUGUCUCCCAUACCGAGGCAAAGCUGUUGAUUCGCGAGCCUGACCAGUCCAAGAUGCCUGUCACCGUCCAGAUCCAUGUCAAGGACGCUCAACCGCCGUUUGACAACCCAUUGUGGCAGUCGGCAGGUGGUGUCAGAUGGACAACCAACGAGACCGAUUACACUGCCGUUGUGACGAUUCCCCUGACUCACUCUAAGCAACGCGUUUACGAAUGGACAACGUCAAACAACCAUUCUGGCGAGUUUGUGGGUGCUCCGGCCCCUGGCAAGCUCCCAGAGUUGAACGACGGCAAGUUCACAUUUCUCGCCACGUCUUGCAUUCUUCCUCGGUUGCCUUACAGCCCCCUGGAUCACGCUUUGGCGAUUCCGGGAAUGAGGCAUCUGGCCAAGGUACUGCCGACACUGAGUGCCCAGUUCAUGCUGUUCCUCGGUGAUUUCAUCUACAUCGAUGUGCCAACCCGUUUUGGCAACUCAAUCGAAGACUACAGACAGAAAUACCGCCAGGUCUACGCCUCUCCUGAUUGGCCGGCAGUGGGUCAAAAUCUGAGCUGGAUUCAUGUCCUGGACGAUCACGAGAUUUCCAAUGAUUGGGAUGCGAAAGCGACUGGCGUGUAUCACACGGCUGUGGAUCCGUGGCAUCACUACCAGACUCAAGCCAACCCUCCCAAAGCCAAGCGAGCCGGGACUGGUAAUACUGCCACGAGUGAUGAUGCCACGUAUUUCUCCUUCACCCAGGGUCCUGCUAGCUUCUUUAUGCUCGAUACGCGUUCGUACCGGUCUAAAAACAAGGAGCCUGCUGACAGCUCAGAGAAGACCAUGUUGGGUGAGCAGCAGCUCGCUGACUUCCUCGACUGGCUCCGUAAACCUGAACCAAAGGGUGUGAAGUGGAAGAUCGUCGCAAGUUCCGUGCCUUUGACCAAGAACUGGAGAGUCAACACCAUUGAUACGUGGGGAGGAUUUUUGCAUGAACGCCGGAUAGUCCUCGAGGCUAUGUGGGACACAGGUCUCAUGGGGUACGGCGUCGUGGUUCUAUCCGGUGACCGACACGAGUUUGGAGCCACGGCGUUUCCUCCACCUAAGGAGGGCAAAUGGCCUGAGAGCGUCACAGCUCACGAGUUUUCGGCCAGUCCACUGAACCAGUUCUACUCGCCCAUCAAGACGUACAAACACACAGAUGAUGAGGAUGUUGAACUCAAGUACAUCAACACCGGAAACUCCAAGUUCGGCGCUCUUACUAUCGAGAACCUCGCCGAGGGCGAGAAGAGCAGCUUGAAGUACAGCUUGUACGUCGACGGCGUCGAAACGUGGAAUACGGUAGUCGUGACGCCCGAAAUGAUUCCCGGCGCUAAGCCCGCAGGUUCCUUCUGGGAUAGAAUCCGAGGAGUUGCGUGAGUACAGCACUGUAAUAAAUAAAAUUGAGCAGGCGUCAAUUCGGCGUAAUGCAUUAUAUUUGAGUCGUCAACUUCGGGUUCGUCUGCUGUGGUAUGUACGUUUGGGAUUUUGAGAAAUCACCUAGAUUCAAUCCUAGCGCGUGAGGUACCGUCCAGAGCACAUAGAGUAUUGGAAGUUUGACUGGCAAAGUCCAUGUAUGAGAGAUGGUAUAGAAUUACUUGGGAACAGACUUUUCCACGUACGUAUGUCAAGUACAGCAGCCGGCGAAAGUCCCAUUUGGGAUUAUGUGCAUAUUUCAAUAUCAUGCGUGACCCAUCAAACCGAG